CCAUUUAUUUAAUUAAUUUAACAAAUAGUAUAUCAGAUAAACACAGAGUAUAUAUAUAUAUAGAAGGCAAACUUCUUUUUAUUUCGUGUAGAGAUGCUUUUUUGGCUCUCUCUCAUAUUUGCUUGUUCUUAAAACAGCUCAGAACAAAGAAGAAGAAAACCAAUAUCUGUAUUUUCUGCUAAAAGGAUGAGAGGGGCUGGUUUGUGGCAACUUGGGCAAUCAAUAACCCGCCGUCUUGCUCAGUCUGAUAAGAAGACUGUAGCUCGUCGAUACUUUGCUUCAGAAGCAGAGCUCAAAAAGACAGUUCUUUAUGACUUCCAUGUUGCUCAUGGUGGGAAGAUGGUGCCAUUUGCUGGAUGGAGCAUGCCCAUCCAGUACAAGGACUCAAUCAUGGAUUCUACUCUAAAUUGUAGGCAGAAUGGUAGCCUUUUUGAUGUCUCCCAUAUGUGCGGGUUGAGCCUCAAGGGGAAAGACUGUGUACCUUUUCUUGAAAAGCUUGUCAUUGCUGAUGUUGCUGGGUUAGCCCCCGGAGCUGGGACGCUAACUGUCUUUACAAACGAAAAGGGAGGAGCAAUUGAUGAUUCAGUGAUUACAAAGGUGAAGGAUGAUCACUUAUAUCUGGUCGUCAAUGCAGGGUGUAGGGAUAAGGAUCUGGCUCACAUUGAAGAGCAUAUGAAGGCAUUUAAGGCUAAAGGUGGGGAUGUCUCAUGGCACAUACAUGAUGAGAGGUCUCUUCUAGCUCUCCAGGGUCCUCUAGCUGCUCCAACUCUUCAGCACUUGACAAAAGAGGACUUGAGCAAGAUUUACUUUGGGGAGUUCCAUAUCUUGGAUAUCAAUGGAGCGCACUGCUUUCUAACAAGGACAGGGUACACCGGUGAAGAUGGUUUUGAAAUCUCUGUGCCUUCAGAGAAUGCAGUAGAUCUUGCCAAAGCAAUUUUGGAGAAAUCUGAAGGGAAGGUAAGGUUGACUGGUCUAGGUGCUAGGGACAGUCUCCGACUUGAAGCUGGGCUCUGCUUAUAUGGUAAUGACAUGGAACAACAUGUAACUCCUGUAGAGGCAGGACUCACAUGGGCCAUAGGGAAGAGAAGAAGGGCUGAAGGUGGUUUUCUAGGUGCUGAGGUGAUACUUAAGCAACUUGAAUCUGGCCCACCUGUCAGGCGUGUUGGAUUUUUCUCUUCAGGACCACCUCCCAGAAGCCACAGUGAGAUUCAGGAUGACAAAGGAAAAAGCAUUGGGGAAGUCACCAGUGGAGGAUUUAGCCCUUGCCUUAAGAAGAAUAUAGCUAUGGGGUAUGUGAAAUCUGGAUCACACAAGGCAGGCACCAAAGUUAAGUUUGUGAUUCGAGGAAAGGCCUACGAUGGGGUAGUCACGAAAAUGCCAUUUGUACCAACAAAAUACUACAAGCCGGCUUAAUUUAUGCUUGGUAUAUCAACUCUAGGAAUUUCUAAUCGGUUCAUUUUUUAACAUGUUUUUGAUAAACUCAACUGCCAGUCUAUUGUAACUUCUAUUUUCUAUUUGCAAUAAAUCUGAGAUGAAAUACAAAAUUUUAUUUUUGUCA